AUCCGUUUCGUGCAUGUGUAUUCGAUUUAACGUGAAGUGUCACAUUGUAAUCGUGCAAAAACCAAGGCCCGAAUUACAGUCAUAGCUAACGUGAUAAAAUUGAAAAUUAUCCACAAGGGUGAUAUUAUAAAAUUGUUUAGUGAGUUGAAAAUCGUCGUGAUAAGUGUCGAUAAGGGUGAAUUCUCUAGAUUGCUCAGUGAGGUGGAAAAACAUCGUUAUAGAAUCCGUGGUUGGCACCUACUUUAUAUUCACCGGAAGAGCCAAUGUUAUUUUAAGAUCUUCAAUCACCCCUUGAGGGCAGCCAGCAAUGGUGGACUACUACAGAGUACUAGGCGUCACUCGGAUUGCUUCCGAGGGGGAAAUAAAGAAAGCUUACAGGAAACUAGCCCUUAAAUGGCAUCCCGAUAAAAAUCCUGACAAUGCAGAAGAAGCCAAUAGAAGAUUCAAAGAAAUAUCAGAAGCAUAUGAAGUUCUGUCAGAUGAGAGCAAGCGGAAAGUGUAUGACGCUCGAGGAUCCAGUCAUCACACUCACAGAUAUCAAAGCAAGAAUGGAGUCAAUGGGCACCGACACUUUAGCUUCAAAGGGUUUUUUGGAGAGACGCCAUUCCACCGCUUUUUUGAGAGAAAGCGGCGGGUGUACGAUCAAUACGGCAAGGAGGGGCUGAGCAGCAACAGGAGCCGCCGCGCCGCCGCCGACGAUGAUGAUCCCGAAUUUGGCUACGGCUUCCCAUUUACAUUCCGAGACCCAGAGGAGGUGUUUAGAGAAUUUUUCCGUGGCUCUCCUUUCGGCGAUUUAUUUACUGUAAUCAAUGACGGCGGCCACGGACACGGACACCGCCGGCAUAACAUGGGUGUCGCGGAACACGGCCACGGUCGGCGCGGGCACCACCCGGGGGCACUAAGCUCGUCUUUCUUUAACUCGUUUGGGUUGGGCACGCACGGCCUAGACGACAUGUUCGCACAUGCCGCGUCUAACGGAAACGCGUUCACGUCGUUCUCUACAUUCAACAGCUCCCUAGCUGGGCCCGGCAGCACCAACGUGAGGAGCACUACAACUACUACACGCAUAGUCAAUGGGAAAAAGAUUACCACUAAGAAGGUAACGGAGAAUGGGCGAGAGACUGUAAUGUCUUAUGAAAACGGGGUCCUCAAAUCAAAGACUGUCAAUGGCGUACCUCAAUCUUUAACAUACAGUUAAAUAAUAACUUAUAAAUAAUUACUAACCAAACUUGAUCCAAAUGUAAACUCUGUACUCAAUCUUAGAGUUACAAGUUCCAACUUUUAAUAUUAGUUUUGCUUAAUCUAAAAAUGUGUAGAUACAAAUACACUAUAAAUUUUAGUGAUGACAACGUCUAAAACAAACUUAAUUCUAGUUGACUUAGGUUACUGUAAUUGCUUUUUUUUAUGAUUAUUUUAACUUUAAAUUGUAAUCGAGAUAUGUGGUAUUUCGCUCAAUCUUGCAUACCUGUGUCUCACACGACAUUGUGUUCUUUGUUAGUCGCAAUUAUGUUGAUCUCCAACCAUACGAAAGCGCUCGACACAAUCGAUCUACAGUGAGUCAAUGAAGUAUUUCAGUCCUGUAUUCUGAGGCGACGAUAUUUUAUAUUUUGCUGCCAAGUUUGAUAAAAGUAGUUUUAGUCAUAUAAUCACUUUAUUUUGUUUAGGUUUUUUUUAUUGAAACAAAGCACACAGCCAUUAUUACAUAAUUCAAAUGUACUUUCUAACGCAUAUUACUUCUAUUUUAGGUAAUGCCUAAUAUGCGAAUAAUUAAAAUGUAUAUUAAGCUAUUUUAUUUGAUGGCAUUUUAAUUUCCUAACUUGAGUAAGCCUCAAUUUCGGCAUUGAUUUAGUGAAAAGAGCUUUAAUGUUCGGCAAAUGUCUAGAUAAUGUUUUUGUAAAAUGGUCGAGUUUCGACCACUUAAAUGCACUAGGUCAAAUAAAAUCAAAGGUGUUUAAUGCAUAUUUUUCUUAUAGUAAAGUGAAGCUCUAUAGCUGCAUUGCAAUGAUAUCUGAAUCCAACAAGUUACGCGCUUUGCAAAGGAG